ACUUUUAUUUUGAAUUGUAACUCGCACUGGCGGGAAACUUGUGUGUCUGUCAGCAGAAGAUCAUGUACAACAACGGAUCUGAGAAAUGAGAAGGUCCACAGAGCAGGAAGAAUUGUGUGAUUUGUGAAUCCUGACACAGAGGAAACCGAUAAAGGAAUGGUUCAAAUAGUAAUCUCGAGUAAAGCUGGUGAAGGUCCAGCUGAAUGGCUGCUGGUGGAGUUGCAGGGAGAAAUUGUGUCCAGACAGAAUACUGGACUUGCAGGAAAUCUGAUGGGAGACCUGCACUAUACAAAAGAGGGUGUACCGGUGCUAAUAGUCGGACAUCACAUCCUUUAUGGCAAACAGGUCAAACUGGAGAAGCCCUUUGCUGUUCUGAUGAAGCACUCUGGACUCCCUCGGGAUGAAGAGGAAAUGAUGGAAACCAACCAAGAGAACCCAACAUCUUACACUGUUUCCGCCCUCAUAAAAAAAAAGCUCAUCUUUAAAACCCGACCCAAACCCAUCAUCACUAAUGUGCCAAAGAAGGUAUAACUUAUGUUCAGAUAUUAGAGGCUGACUGAUCGGCACAGAAUUCUAGAUUUGUAACCAUAUGUGAAUAUAAAUGUUGUUUUGAAUGGUGGAUUAGUAUCUUUGUACAUUGUUGUCAGGAAUGAGUAAUUGACAAUAACAUUGAACAAAUAUAAAUAUUAUAAGUAAUGGGCCUACCGUGAAUUUGAAAAUCAGAAAAGAAAGAAAAAGCUCACUUUUGAAUGGAAAUGUAUUGUAUCAAAACAUCAGUUACAAGUGUUUGCAAAAAUAAUUAUAUGAGAAAUGUCCAAAUUGAAAGAAUCCAGCUUCUUUUGCAUGUACAUAAAUACAUAAAACAUAAUAUGGAAAGUUCAUGUGAGAUUAAAAAGACCAUGAUGGCCAUUUCUAGGUAUUGUACAUUGUGGAAAUACAGGUUAGCUGUGACACAGACUAAAUGGUGGUGUUUUAUCAACACUUGAACAUUUUAUUUUGUGAGUAGACGUAAGCUGCCAGUGGCGAUCUGAAAAACAACUGCAUUUUGGUUAAAAACACUUAACCUCUUCUAUUAUGGAUUGUGAAUAAUUUAUUAUUCUCUAAUCUGUAGUUUUAUGAAAAUAACUUGGCAUGUUUUCCAUAAAAUAUAGAUUCCUAGGAAAAUGUGUCAGGAUUCUUGCAUGUUUAAAAUAUCUUUGAAUUUUACAUUACAAAAAUAUAUAUUACUUUACAAUAAACUUGUAGAAUGUAUGAUCUAGUUUUCACUGAUAAAUUAAAAUUAAACAUCUACAUAUUAAUUGGCUGUUUGGCAGACAGCAGAGCAAAACUUUUUUUCCCCACUGUAAAUGUGGCUCUGUUUCUACCGCUUGUAUAUUGCUUAAACCCAAUUUGUCCAUGUCUCAUUUUUAAGCACCACACUCUGUUCCUGAGGAGCAUAUCAGUCUUAAAAGUUUGGCACCCAGUCUAAUACUGAAUUGUAUAAAAUCUGAAAAACACACAAAUGAACAAUGCAAUUCCAAGUUUGAUUGUAAACAUGAUAUAACUGGUUUCAUAAUUGCAUUGUCAUCAUCUUAUAUUUGCAGCCUUAAAGGACGCUGCAGUCCACAGCAGUUCACUUUUAAGACACAGUUAUCACAUGUAAUGCACAAGCAAAAGUGUUUCAUAAACUCAAAGCUUCUCUCUAAACUUGCACACAUAUGCACACUAGCCUCAGUGUUUAGAUCUCUGCCAGAGUUUAAUGUGUGUUUUUGGGGGAAGGGAGCAGAAAACAUUAGCUUUCGCAUUCAUGGCGAACUGCUACUGAAGUAAAUCUACUAAUUGUUGCAUGGGUGGGCUGAGGGUGGAAAAACAGCCCACUGUACACCUUUGAUUCUUAUAUAGUAAUCUUUCAAACCACCUAACUUUGCAUACCAUAAAUAAGUUACUUCAGUUCACUUUUUUGUAUUGGUCUCUCUAGGUAACUGAACAUCUUAAUUAAACUAAUGGGAAUAAAAAGUUUAUAUGUUACAGGAAAGGGUCGUAAGAAUUUGCAAAGGUGGUCAGAUUCUGUAAUAUCUGGCUAACAUGCAGAAUUAGCUAACAUACUUUUUUUUUAAUCAAUAAUCAGUUUGGGGUGAGAAAAAGCAGUAAAUAUCAUGACAUCACAAGUGCACAUGCCUCUUAAUGUUAAAAAUGAUCUCAACAGGUAAUGAAGCAUGAAUGAAAUGUUAUUAAAUUAUAAA